AAAAAAAAAAAAAAAAAAUCUAUAAAUCGUACAUAACAUAAAUCAAUACGAUAUAAAUCAGCAUCAUAUCAAAUCCGCUUUGAUAAUUAGACUCUUUAUCCGCAGUUACUUUCAGCAAAUAUGGAGAUGAUCUGACAUUUGUCAUCGUAAUGCCGUAAUGCCACCAAAGUAUCUAAUUUUGGUAAUUAUUGUUCAUAUGUUCAUAUGUAUCAGGGAUUCAGGGGAUUCAGGGGAAUCUAAGAUAUCAAUUUUUAAUUCAGUCGUUGAAUCAAAGAUCAAAAAUUGUUAUGUGGCUUAUAUCCAUAUUGACAAAAAAUUGAUUACUCAAAGUAGUAAUUAUCAUUUAUUCAUUUACAUUUACAUGCAUUAAUUAUAUAAUACUCCCUAAAAAAAAAAAAUAAUAAUAACGAUUAGCACGGGAAUAUUUUGGUAUAAUAUCAUAUUUUACUUGUAUGAUUUUCACGAUAGAAAUAUGCAGUACGCUUGAUU